AUGUGGAUCUCCACGUCCAAACGCGUCGUCCUCGGCCUAGAAGAGUACGGCUGCUUCGUCGCAGCGUACCCUAGUUUCACUUCACAAGCUCACAACGAGAUUUUCCAUGAGCUUGAGGCACUUUUUGAUUUACCUACCGAAAUUAAGUCGAGGAACACCUCCGAGAAACCCUACUUUGCCUACGUGGGCAACACCCCGUCGUUCCUUUGUAUGAGAUCUUGGGCAUUGAUAAUGCGACGACAGUCGAAGGUGUCCAGUUUCACGAACCUCUUGUGGCCAGCCAGUAAUGAGUGGUUCUGUAAUGGUGCGCUCGCCUUCUCGAAGAAGGUGUCCGAGUUCGAGCAGAUGGUGAAAAGGAUGGGUGUGAGAGCUAUAGGGUGA